GUUGGCACAUUAGCUACCCGUCUUGGGCAGAACACUUAAGGCAUUGAACGGCUUUCAAGUCCUUAUUGCUACUGGGUUGUUAGAUUGACAACUUCCCCACUAGACAACCAUCUUGGGAUUUUUUUCGACCCAUUAAUGCCCAAAGGGACCAUUGCUAUAACUAUCAGAAAACUCUCUCAUACAUUCUAUUCAGUUCAUUUGAUUCCCUAUACCAUUGAAGUAGAAAUGGCAGAUAUUCUGCAAUUGAUUGGGGCCCUGUCUAUAGCAGUAUCCAUUACCUUCAUCUGCUCUCUCUUGCUUCUAUGGAAACCAUACUCCCGUAUUCCAAGUUUAAAAGACAAGCAUGUUGUAAUAACAGGAGGAUCAAGUGGGAUUGGGCUUGCAAUUGCCAAGGAAGCUCUUGCCCAAGGUGCUUAUGUAACAAUGAUAGCAAGAAAUCUAGCCAAACUUGAGGCAGCUGCCCAAGAAAUCCUUCAUGAGCUUCAAUGUGAAAAGAACAGGAUCAACAUCAAGGCUGCAGAUGUAAGAAAUUAUGAAGCCAUUUCUGCAGCCAUAAAUGAAUCCUUCCAAUGGAGGCCUUUUGAUGUGAUUCUCUUGAAUGCUGGAGUUGGUAGCGCUUCAUAUAUGGAUAAAGUUUCAAUUGAAAGCAUUGAUACUAUAGUUGGUACAAACCUUAUUGGGACACUCUACACUUUGAGGGUGGCUCUGCCUUUGAUGAAGGAGAUCAGUUACAGGCAUCCCUCUGCCCUUGUGUUAGUGGGUUCUCUUGCUUCUCUGUACCCUGCAUAUGGUGGUGGGGUUUACACGUGUACAAAGUAUGCGCUCAGAGGGCUUGCAGAGAAUCUGAGGCUUGAGCUCCUGCCUUACAAAAUUGCAGUCAGUUUUGUAUGUCCAGGAUUUGUAGAAACCGCCAUGCUAACUCAAAUGGAAGAUAGUAUCGUUGAUCCAGUAAUGGCAGAGGUUGCCAGAAAAGUCACAUUUUAUAGCAGGAGGAGAGCAGAAAAUUCAAGGGAUGUAGCGAAGGCUACUUUGAAAGCUGUCACACAAGGGCGUUCUUUUCUGGCAACUGGGUGGAAGGGUUCACUAUUGUUCAUCUUAUCUACUGGGAUUUUGCCUGCUGAUUCUUUUGCAAAAGCUGUGCUUGGCAUGAUUGUACAAGUUCCAGCGAGGGUUUUUGGCUAUUUAAUUAUUUGUUAUGUUUAUGCAGUAAUAUGGGUGAACCAUAGAACCAAGACCAUCAUCAUCAAAAAUUCUGCAGACAAAUAAAGUUGUCUAGGAGAUCAAUAACGAUGACAAUAUACUGGCUGUUUACAAGCAAGUUUAUAUAUAUUCAUAUAUAUAUAUAUGGAGGAUGGAAUAAAGUAACGAGGCAUGACUUUGUGUGGGUAAUUGUGUGGAUCUUAAAAACUGUUUUUUCAAUGGGCUUAUACCAAAGCGCUCAACAAAUGUCCAACCAGCAGAUGGAAAUUUUGUUUUCAGUGUAUGUUAGUGCAUGUUUGGCUGCGGUGGAUUUAAAGUGCUGCUCUAAAGCUGCUUGUAUGUCAUCUGUGCUUGCAUGUCUUCUCUGGAUUAGUCUUUUGAAUGUUGUAUUCUGUAAUCUUUAUCAAGCUUAAUAUAAUAUACUGUUUAGUAAA